CAACCCGAUUCAUUCGAGUAGAGUAAUCACGCACCGAUGAGAUCCACCCACCGGGUCUCCCCUCUCCAAAUAAGUCAGAGAGGUCGUUCGUUCGUGAGGGUCUGACGACGUUUUCACUGCCUCUUGUCGCUCUCUAGCUAACGGUGAGCUACCACCGUCUUGUCUCACCGAUCAGGCUGUCGCAGUUCCAAAGCAAAAACUGAAGCCUUGAAUCCCCGUCGUUCGACGCGCUCCAAGUUUGGACAAAACAGCUCUUUCAAUUUCGAAUCUAUUAUGAUGGAUUUGGAUAAGGGAGAUGCAGCAGUAGAGAAUUCAAUUGAGGAAAAAGCAGAAGUGUUGGAAGAAAAUGAAAUUCUAGAACCCUAUGUGUGUUUAGAAGGAAAUGCAAUUCUAGAACCCUAUGUGGGUAUGGAAUUUGAAUCAGAAGAUGAUGCUCGCAAAUUCUAUACAGAAUAUGCCAGACAGGUAGGAUUUGUUGUGCGAAUCAUGCAACGUCGUCGUUCUGGGAUUGAUGGGAGAACUCUUGCCCGUCGACUUGGAUGUAACAAGCAGGGUUUUUCUCCUAAUCACAAAGGUCCUAUUGGUCCCGAGAAGAAGCCACGGCCUAGUGCGCGAGAAGGAUGCAAGGCAACAAUUUUAGUCAAAAUGGAGAAGUCUGGAAAAUGGGUUGUUACAAGAUUCGUAAGGGAUCAUAAUCAUCCUCUGGUUGUCACUUCUAAUGGGUACAGCACGGAGGGUGAUAAGGAUGGGAAAAUUGAGGAACUUACGAAAGAGUUGGAGCAUCAGGAACAACUAUGUGCCAUCUAUCGUGAAAGGUUAUUCAGUUUUAUGAACAAUGUUGAAGAGCAGACGGAAGAACUGUCUUCAAAAAUUCAAGUUAUUGUUGAUAAUGUGAGACAAUUUGAAUCUGGGGUCCAGAAAUUUUCACACCAUAGAUAGCACUGGCAAUUGACAUUAGGAUUUAUGUAUCAGGCAGGUCUUUCUUAGAUUCAUUUUUAUAUAGAAGCUUGUAAUCUUGUACAGUCAGAUCAUUUUUCUCUGCCAGGGAUGGUUAUCAUUCAAUAGCGCAAUCAACUUUUGUAUGCAUAUUCUUGUGUUAAAAGGUUAUGUGAAGGCCAUAAUGAGCCUAUUUUUC